AUGCCACAAACUAAAGAGAAAAUUGAAAAAGCUGGUGUUCCUGACUCUUUUGUACACCCAAAGGGGGACUUUUUGGCUCAUCAAUUUAAUUUAGGACUCUUUGAUACCCUCAGGCAUAGGGAAAAGGACAGCUAAUGCAUAAGAAAUGGGUGUUUUGCCAAUUUAUCUGGUAGUGGUUGA